UGCUUUAUUCAUUUAGUGCUGCCCUAUACACAGAGAACAUGAUGAGUGCCACUGCCAAAGUGACUAUAUACCGCCACAUGCAAAAAUAUCAGUCUGGAAUGAAUGAGUUGGCAAGAAAUGCUAUAUCUAGAGAUCCCUGGACUCCAAAUGUGAUGGUUGAUGAGGAAACAUUGCACAGCAUAAGGCGUUUAGACAUACCUCGAGCUUGUCGUCCGUAUAGUCAUCUUCCCGACAUGUUGUCACAUCGAUUGGGUAGAUUUCAGGACGACACAAGAUUGAAGCAGCGAAUGGACGUGUUAUUUGGUACAGAGGCUCAUAAGAUCUUUGUGAAUACGUCUGGUGCCGGAAAAACCAGGCUCGUUCUAGAACAUCUGUGUACCAAUUGGGGCUUAUAUCUCACCUGCCAUAAUGAUUCCCAUAUUGGUUCGAAAGACAUGUCCACCGCUAUCUCGAGCAUUGAGGAUAGCCCUUCAUUUACGAACACUCUCCCUCCGUCUCCCAGUAUUGAAGUUAGCGGCAAAGAUGAUGAUGACCGGGGACGUGUUUUACGGAACAAGAUGGAGCAUUUCGCGUCUACCCUCGAAGGUCACGAGUUCUCCCAGGUCCUCAAUACUAACAAUCAGCUGGUCUCAUGCGAGGUGCUCAGUACGCUACUGGCUCGUUUUUACGUUUUGCGGCAAUUCCUGGUGACUUUGGUCGAGAUGGAAGAAGAUAUUACACAACCAUUGCACAUACGCAAUUGGUUGCGACUUCAGCUUCAUCCCGAUCUUUUGUUACGGCCAGACGAAUCGGGGGACAUUUUCGCUCAGCUCAGAGACCAUAUUAUGAGAAUCAUCGACUUCUCUCUGCCAGUAAAUGAAAUUGUCUUGAAGAGUUUGUUAACAGAUGUCCUGGCUGAAAUCCGGUCAAUCCUUCCCUCCGACCUUGUAAUCGUGCUCGACGAGUGUCAGUUUGCUGCACACAGUCUGAGAAAUGCCUUUCGCUCGGAUGAUUGGAUCUCAAAACGACCACUUCUCCGCCAAAUAGCGAAAUGCUUGAACGGUGUAUUCAACGGCAAUCUGUCGGACCUUGCUGUUACCUUCAUUUUCACAGGGACUGGUCUUUCCAAAAAUGACAUAACUGAUGCAUUGUCGUCAGUCGUUGCAAAAACACCAUUGUGCAAAGACGUGAAUGAUACUGGGGCAUUCGACGACAUUGACAUUCAGCAAAAAUACCUUGGAGAGUAUUUUCCUCUCCAUAUAUGGCGAAGCGACCAGUUUCCACGACUUUUGCAACGGAUUUUUCGCUGGCUUCAAGGAAGGCACAGGUUCACUGCGGAAUAUAUAUCCGUGGUAUUGCAGAAUGGUUACAAAAAUCUCGACAAGCUUCUCAACGCGUAUAUCUACAGUCUGACUGGCUUCGAGCCCACGGAUUAUCAGGGGAAGGAAGUAAUCCCGGCGAUAAUCGAUUUCCCGGCUCGGGCAUUUGUAUUCGAGGCGGUAAGCGGCAGGAUGAAGGAAAAGAUCAAAUCAUUGUGUUACGACUACCUGUUGAGAUCAAGAUUAGACGGAUGGCUAGGGACAGACGAGAAUGAUUACAUCGCUCACGGCUUUGCAAGGGUCAAGAAUUCCGGGGGAUUGACACUCAUCAGAAUCGAUGAACCUCUCGUCAUGAUGGCCUGUGCAAUAUGGCUCAACGGAAGUCAUGAGUCAGAUGCACACUCGCUAUACAAAUAUGUAGCUAAUCGCAUUCAGGAUCACAACCCUUCAACCGGUCGAAAUGGAUUCGAAGAGUUCAUGUGCUUCUACCUUCAGCGGGUUUUUCGAAAACCUCGAAGAUUGGGCCAAGUUUUUGAUUUACGGGAUAAACAGAAUCCAGAGGCAGAGAGUGCGCUAGCCCAGAAGCGUGCUACUUUAGUGACUCUUCAUAUUGAUGAAGUUGGCUCCCAGCGUAAACUUGUGGAAGGAACAACUGAUAUUGAAAACAUAGGUGAAGCAAAACUUCCAGGUGCACUUGGCCUAGCAAUUGAGUCAACGGAGGAGUGUGUCCCUUUAUUUGACUGGGUGAAGUUGAAGGGACAUACAGCGUUUUGUUUUCCAAUGAAUGAGAUGGGACCUGACAUCAUGUGCUUCCUCAAGUUAGAAGAUGACAAUGGAAAUCCGGAAGACUUCACCUACAUAUGUCUUGCACUCCAAUGCAAAUUCCAUCAAGUAGAUGGGGAACUUGAACCUUCUACACUGAAGGAUGCAAUUGCUACGGUUACUCCAAGAAAAUUUUUUGCACCACGACAUGUCAAAGACGGUAACAAAGCAGCACAGCGUGAAGAAAAGAGAAAAGGGCUACGUGAGAGCCUCUUAAGUGCCCUUGAAGGAUUACCAUGCAGGGACCCAUUGGCUGGCAAGUACGGCGUGAUGCGUGUCAUUUGUGGGUUCCCUGUGAGGGUCGAUCUUGACUCGGUAUUCUACCAGCACAAGGAACAGGAAAAAACACGGAAAUACAUACUGGAUCCAGACGAGGAAGAUGAACAUCCUUUGGGGAAGUUGAAAACAGAGUUCUUGACUUCAGAGACUGCCCAUCUUCAUCCAACGGAUCUACUCAAGGUGAUAAAAUCGCGUGCGCGUAAAGCAAAAAAGAAGGGGGAAAGCUUCUGGAGUACUUUCGAUCCCGCUAUCUUGUGGUCAGAGUCUGAAGAGGAAGAGAAAGAAGAACCACUGAGAAGACAGCGGAGAGUUCCAGUCCGGGCAAAGUCUUUCGAGUUCGACAAUCAUUCACGCAUGAUCAUUGAGAUGUUGAGGUCAGAUUAUGGUCAAAGUCGAGGCUUGGAUCUGCCGCCCAGAGUGCGAAAGCGUAAGCGCGGUUUGUCAGAGAAAGAGUUGGAUGAUUACGAGGGCGAUAAUGAAGACUAGAUACUAAGAUAGUUAGAUUAAUACACUUAUCCUGUGCUUAUCUUAUCACGAUU